ACACCGGAAGUGAGGGCGGAGCUAUUAAGCUCUCGGCGUCUAAUGAACGGAAGUAGCUGCUGGAGGCUCUCUGGUAGCUUUAAAUUCCUCCUGUCUCCGCACUUGCUUUUUCUGCUGGAGUUGGGCUUCGUGCUCCGCAUGGCUUUGGACGUGAAGUCUCGAGCAAAGCGCUAUGAGAAGCUGGACUUCCUCGGGGAGGGACAGUUUGCCACGGUGUAUAAGGCCAGAGAUAAGAACACCAACCAAAUCGUCGCCAUUAAGAAAAUCAAACUUGGACACAGAUCAGAAGCUAAAGAUGGUAUAAAUAGGACAGCCUUAAGAGAGAUAAAAUUAUUACAAGAGCUAAGUCAUCCAAAUAUAAUUGGUCUCCUUGAUGCUUUUGGACAUAAAUCUAAUAUUAGCCUUGUUUUUGAUUUUAUGGAAACUGAUCUAGAGGUUAUAAUAAAGGAUAAUAGUCUUGUGCUGACACCAUCCCACAUUAAAGCCUACAUGUUGAUGACUCUGCAAGGGUUAGAAUAUUUACAUCAGCAUUGGAUUCUACAUAGGGAUCUCAAACCAAACAACUUGUUGCUAGAUGAAAACGGAGUUCUAAAACUGGCAGAUUUUGGCCUGGCCAAAUCAUUUGGGAGCCCCAAUAGAGCUUAUACACAUCAGGUUGUAACCAGAUGGUAUCGGGCCCCUGAGUUGCUAUUUGGAGCUAGAAUGUAUGGUGUGGGUGUGGACAUGUGGGCUGUUGGCUGUAUAUUAGCAGAGUUGCUUCUACGGGUAAGUCCUAAGUUAAUGUACACAUGUACACCCUUGAGGCAUGACUCAAGGCCCUAGGUUCAAUCAUCACUAUCUCCCUCCCCACAAAAAAGAAUAGAUUUGACUAA